AUGGCCAGCGAGCGGGAGCGGCUGUCCGUCUUCACCGAGCCGCUGUCAAAUUAUUUCAACUGGAACAUGACCCACCGUCGCGAUUCUGACGUCUUCUCUAGCUAUCCGUACUUCAGCCUCCGCCUCAAAUCGACUUCCGUCGUGGCCAACGUCCUCCCCCAGCCGCUGCCGGAAGUGGGCAACAAGACCAAGCUGAUGGUGGCCUGGUUCAAUUCCAAUUGUGAAACUCCGGUCGAACGGGAGAAAUACUUCCGCGAAAUGGCCCAGUACACGCAGAUCGACACUUACGGCGCUUGCGGCCAUUUGAAAUGCGAUCCGGCCAAGGGGACCCACUGCGACAAGCUCCUGGGCAACUACAAAUUCUACAUCACCGCCGAGAAUUCCUCGUGCGCCGAUUACGUCACCGAUAAAUUCUAUCGCGCCCUGGAAGCCGACCUCGUCCCCAUCGUUUACGGCGGUGCGGAUUACUCCGCUUACGCUCCGGCCCAUUCUUACAUCAACACGGCCGAUUUCGCCUCGCCAAAGGCCCUGGCCGAGUACCUCUACGUCCUGGACACCAAUCCGGGGCUCUACUCGAAAUAUUUCGACUGGAAAAAGGACUGGGAGGUCAUCCGCUUUCCAACCGACGGCUGGUGCGACCUCUGCGAGAAGCUCAACCGCCCGGAAGAGCCGGCCAAGAGCUACGAAGAUAUCGGCAAUUAG